AUGGCUGGCAGGCUCUUUCGUUGGCAGGGCGCCGUGCGCCAAUCGGUCAUCUUGCAGACUCGCGGCUACGCUUCAAAGUCAGCGAUUCCAACCUUUUCCCCGUCCUCUUCCUCCGAAUUGAACGAGGCCCUCGACCGAUUCCGACAAGACCUCUUCAUUCCGUUCGGCAUCCCGAAAAGACAGCGAAUGAGCAUGUUCAGGGAGAAGCACGCGCAGCGAUUGAGGGACGAGCCUAUCACCAUCAACAUCAGCGAAACGGAGGAAUAUACUUUGCAGCCCAAGAAGUACAUUGAGACCCCAACGAAGAAGGAAGCCAUCCAGGUCAUUAAAAUGAUGCAAGCCACCGAGGACUAUAAGAAUUUCAUUCCCUUUGUCAGUGCGCUGUGGGGGUCCCAGUACGUUUUGAAAGGAGACCGCUGGCAACAAAUCAUGCGCAAGGCUCGCGAAGCCGGCAAGCUUCAUCUUAUCGUCGAGUGCGCCAGGCAAUCGGGGAGCACUGGCCUGCGUCUCCGGAAUUCGGACGUUGUGCGGAGUCUUUUCUUCGAACUUCACCUGGCUGCUCAAAAGGCAGACUUCAAGGGCCCGGAGAUUGCCAAGACCCUGAAUAUGGCCAAGCAGGCAGUGGAUAUUAUGGACGCCGACCUCCCGGACCACUCAUACAGCGAUUCUUCCAAAAACCCGAAGAGCCAACCGAUCGUCGUCGCUACUCUUUUGGAGCUGAGUGCCGCUCGCGCUAUCAACGAUUUCGCUGGCAAGGACCAGGCCAAAGAAGUCAUGGGCUACGUGCAGAAGCUUCUCGCAGUUGCCCCCAAGGGCAAGUACCAAAACGCCCCCACAGAAAAGACUCCCCGCAUGGAGGUCAACCACUGGCUGCAUGAGGCCAUCACAGUCUAUAAUGGAUUGCAACUGAGUCUUACGAUCCAUGGCCUCGCUGCUGACAGGGCACUUCACCGCGAUGUGUCUUCUCGCCUCGACGAAGUGAAGAAGUCGCUGAAGGAGCUGCUCGAGGAUCCCGCGCACCAGGACAAAGAUACAUCGUACUGGAACCUCGCUCGGGAUCUGCUUCAAGGUUAG